AAAAAUCAUUUUUUAACAAAUAAUACUUACACAAUAAUAUUUCACUCAUUUAAAUGUUAAAAAUUUAAAUAUUAUAAACAAAGUGUUUUACACAUGUCUCUUGAAGCUGCAAAAGAAUUUGGUUUAUCGCACGAUGAAUUCAUUGAGUUUCUUUAUGGUGCAAAACCUGAAAACUUAGAUACUACAAAAAACGUUGUUUUAAUUGUCUCACUGCUCUUGCUGACGUUUGCUCUUUUCAUAGGUGGGAUAGCGCUUUUUUUAUGGUUUUAUUCUAAAGCCAUAAAUUCGCAAUCUGAAAAUGAAGAUAAAAUUGAAGCCGAUUUAGCAUGCGAUGAAGAGGCAUUAAAAGACUCAAUUAAAUCCUCGCUUAAGUUGCCUCAGGUUUCUAAUUCAAAAUCACGCUACUCUCCAGACAUUGCGUUCCCGGAUAAACUGGUAAAUGAUGAAGAACUAAAAAAUAUACGCGUUCAAGACAUUGAGCUAAGUUCUGUUUAUUAUGCUCACAGAAAGAGAAUGCAAGUGAAUUUAAGACGAUUAAAUCUUGAAAACAUUCAUCCAACCUUAUUAAGAAAUGCAUAUAUUUACUGGAUAGUGCAUCUGUUACCAGAAAAAACAACUUAUUUUGAAUCAGAACUACGACCAUGUGCUGAAGAAAAUUAUUUUGAAGAAGCUUGUGAGUUCGAUAUUGAAAUUGCAGACAUCUCAUCUAGACAGUUGCAGCUUUCAGUUUACGCGUGUGAUAGAUUUUCACAACACAGACUUGUCAACGAGCAAAUAUUUAAGCUAGAUGUUCUUUUAACAGAUGAUGCAUCCAUAAAACCAAUUAACAUGCAGUUAAUCAAAAAUAGUAAUGACGACGAUGUUUUUGUCGAAGAAAAGAAGCAAAAUGGCGAAGUGUUGUUUUCCUUAUGUUAUAUGCCAACAUCAGGAAGAUUAACCUUUGUAGCUUUAAAAGGAAAGCACUUGUGUGAAGAGUUUGCAACACCAAUCGCUACGUACUUGCGAGUUUCAUUGCUUGUUUCUGGUAAAACAAUGAAAACGGUACAAACAUCAAGUGUUCGUCACUCAUCUAAUCCAGUAUACAACGAGGCUUUUGUUUUUCACGCUCCAUUAGAAAGAUUCAAAGAUACUGAUAUUAUUAUUUCAGUUAUGACUUACGAUCCAAACAAGACAGCACCAAAAAUGCUUGGUAAAAUUAUUGUUGGUCCUGAGUCGGAUUCCAACCUAGGUCGAAAACAUUGGGAAGCUAUGCUUGUUUCUCCGAGAAAACCUGUUGCUCAGUGGCACACUCUCGUCAACUUUCUUUAAUAGACCUUUGUUUCACAGAUCUAUUAUUUAGCAGAUUUCAAUUUUGGUUGCUCUUAAAAAAGUAUUUUUUUCAUCACUCAUACAAAAUAACAGUUUUAAAGUAAGAAAAUAAAAUAUAUUUCAUAAAGCCUUUUAAAAACUUUUUCAAUUUUUUGUUUAUAUAAACAAUUAAAUUUGAUUUAUAAGUGUUUCAUAAUUUUGAAAUAAAUAAAUAGUAAAUUUAAGUUCACACAAAUUAUUAUUUAUAGCCAUAUAUUUUUUUUGUAAGUUCUGCAAUUGGAGUUUUGAAUGGUAUUAACUUUUAUAAGGCUAUAAUGAAUGCGUCAUCUGAUAUCAUUUUGUUUGAUUUUUGCUUAUAUAUGAACUUUCUUGAGCAGCUAAUUGUUUACAAAUAAAUUAUACGUAAACGGUUUCGAAAUCGACCUUUAUGGUAUCAUAUACUACUUAGAUAUGCCAGAAUUUAAAUUCAUUUUUA